AAAAAAAUCUUCACCGUCAGGAAGAAUGAAGUGAAGCUGCGUUUUGAAACAGUACUCGUGUGCGCACUUCUCAUGGCUCACGUCGCAGUGUAGUGUCCGGUCAAGAGUUUACAUUUAACGGAAUUCAUUUCGAGAUGUCGUUUUUACAAUACACGAUUUCAUUAUGGACGUGUUUCCUGGUUAUUGCUAGAAUCGAAGCAAGCGUCUGCGAUGGGAAAUGGUCGAUUAUCUACUCUUUAGAGGACGAGAUUCGUCAGCAUUGUUUCGAGGCAAACUACGAUAUACAAAUCACGAAAAAAUUUUCGGGACGACCCGCAAGAGUUGCGGUGGCUGCCUUUACAAAAACUGUUUAUUGGCUGAAUAUAGAGGCCAACAAAAAGAGGAUAAUGAAAACUGAUGGGUACUCCAAUAUAGUGAUCAUAGAUGACGGCCUUGUCACACCCGAAGAAUUGGCGGUGGAUUUCGUUACGAGAAACAUAUAUUUCAUGGAUGUAUCUGAAAAGUACAUGGGAGUCUGUACAGAAGAUGGAUCAUAUUGCACAAAAAUAUUAAACUCAACUACCGAUACACCAGGUGGUUUAGUUCUUAAUCCGAAGAAAGGAGAGAUGUUCUGGAGCGAUUAUGGGCAAAAUCCUGCCAUAUGGCAAGCUGGAAUGGACGGAAGUGAGGAAAAAACUAUUCUGACGGAAAAUCUUGGUUGCCCAAAAGGUUUGACAAUAGAUUAUUCGACGGAGCGUUUGUACUGGAUCGAUUCAAAAUUGAAGACCGUGGAAUCGAUGGAUCUUAAUGGGAAUGAUCGUCAACGUCUUUUGCAAACAAAGGACAAGCGACUUCACUCGUUGGCGAUAUUCAAAGAUCAAUUAUAUUGGAGCGAUUGGUCGACGAACAUAAUUGAAUCAAUAGACCUUGCCACCGGGGGUGAUCGCACAAUCAUCGUCGACGCAACGAAGUUGAUCUACGACAUGAAAGUUUAUGAUCCUGAGUUCGAAUCAACAUUGCCGAAUCCUUGCGAAAACGCAAAUUGCUCUCAAAUUUGUCUUCUCGCCCCAGAAGACAGGUAUAGAUGUGCCUGCAAACUUGACUACGAAUUGAACUCCUCCGAUUUGCAUACCUGCAGUCCGAAGAACGAGGCACCACAUCUGGUGAUCGCUGCAGAUGAUAAAAUCAUUCACUAUUAUGAAGGAAUCGUCGGGAAAGCUCGAAUCAAAAAGAUUCCAAUGCCAAUACACAUUAGUCGGAUCGCUUACAAUUGGAAAACCGGAAAUUUGGUCGCCGACGAUAAGUUCACCUCUUUUCUAUAUAGCAUCGAACCUGAAAGCAAUGAAAUUGGACGGUUAACACCUGUGAACAGCAAGUAUUUCAGUGGCAUCGAUAUUAAUUCCAAAGAUAAUGAGAUUUUUUCGGUUGUUCCGGGUCCUCGUGAGGUUCACCAAUUUGCACAAGGCACCACACGUAUCUAUUCUUUUCCCUAUGAACCAUACGAAAUUUUGUGUAUUCCUGGAUUUGACAAAUUUUUCGUCGUUUUCAAAACGGGAAUCUCACAGUUCCGAAUUGAUUUGAUAUCACAUUCUGAUGACCCAUACAAAUCGAUAACUGUUAUACCAAAGAUCUUGAGUGGGGGAAAAAUAUCACUAGCUUAUGACGAAAAUUCUUCGACGUUGUACUUUGCGGAAGAGACAUCAGGAAGGAUCGAAUCUUUUUCUGUUCGAAAGAUCGUAUGUGAUCUGACCUUUGAUAGACGAGUGUUAGGUUCGAACGUCGGGAACCCUGUAAGUCUUGCAGUUUUAAAUGGUAAACUUUAUUGGACCAAUGGUAAUUCGAAUGUUUUGAACUGGAUCGAUUUGGAUGAUUAUAAUCGGGAGAUUAAAAGUACGAAGCUUCCGAUCUCCAGUUCUUUUAGGAUAUUAGACAUCGCAUCAGUUGGAAACACUACACACCGAAUAUUAUCUUGUUGAUCGUUGACUAAAGAGCGCAUUACAAAACAUGCUCAGAUUUCCUCAACAGUAUCAACCGAAAUUCAUUUAAUGAUCCCAGAUGUGAUCCAUUGAGAGAUUUAUCGCCUUAAAUUUAAUUUUCUUUAACUAUUCAAAUGCUUUUUUUUUAACUACAAGCUUAUUCAAUGAAUAUAGUCGUGAAACAACUGAGAAUAGAUGAGAAUAGACAGCCUUCGGCAAGACUCAUGGCUAGAUGGGUGGGGGUCGGGGACUCUUACAGAAACAGAAACAUGAAAACCGAAGUGAGGGAAAAAGUGAGGUUGAUGCAAUGGGAUGAGAUUGUAAAAGUUCAAAAUCAUAUCUGCACAAAUAUUAAAAUGAAAAAUUUCAUUUAAUUAUUCAAAAUACAGUCAUUAUUCAACAUUAA